GCUUGUUAUCUCAAUGUAGGCAAAGAGGUCAAAGAUUUAGAAUCUGAAACAGCAAUGUGGGGGAUGGCGCACAUCGAUGAGUGGAAACCGGUGAUCGCAAUGCUAGUCUUUGACCUCAUCUCUGCUGCGACAACAGCCUUGAUCAAGAAGGCGCUCGAGGAGGGGCUCGACCGUCUAGUACUCAUCACACUGCGACAACUGGUGGCCACAGUCUUCCUUGCUCCGAUUGCCUACUUCAAAGAACGGAGCACAAGGCCUAAGCUCACGCUGGAGAUCCUCGUGUACCUCUUUUUCAGUGCAGCGUUUGGCGCCGCGCUCUCUCAGUACACCUUCUUCUACGGGUUGCAGUACACGACCGCAACAUUCGCUAUAACUUUCACCAACAUGGCUCCUGUGCUCACUUUCCUCAUUGCAGUCGUGCUAAGGGUUGAGUCACUGAACAUGAAGAGCAAUGCAGGAGUCGCAAAGAUAGUCGGAACGCUCAUGUCGUUCGCCGGUGUCAUGCUCCUUACACUCUACAAGGGUGUGGCCUUGACACACCAGGCUGAGCCCUCAGUGAGCCCAGGUCACCAUGCUGCAGCAGCAGAGUCGGGCAAGAAGAGCUGGACCCUGGGCACUGUAGCAUUACUGGCAAACUGCCUGUGCUUCUCCUUCUGGCUUCUGCUGCAGUCCAGGCUCACCAAGAAGUACCCGGCGCUGUACUCCAGCACUGCUUACAUGUUCUUGAUCAGCUCACUGCAAGGCGGGGGCCUGACGGCGGCAAUACAAAGGCGAGCUUCAGUGUGGGUUCUGACAAGGCCGAUGGAGAUUGUCACAGUCUUAUAUACAGGAAUUUUGGGGUCUGGAGUGGGCUACGUACUGAUGACAUGGUGCGUCGAGAAGAGAGGGCCGGUGUUUACUUCAGCCUUCAUUCCUGUCAUUCAGAUCAUGGUUGCCAUGAUUGAUUUCUUCUUUCUCCAUGAGAACAUCUACCUUGGAAGUGUGCUGGGAUCCAUGCUGAUGAUUCUGGGCCUCUAUAUUCUGCUGUGGGGAAAGAAGAGGGAUGCUUCGGUAGCAUCUGCCAAAGAAGAGGAUGAAGAGGACAAGGAGAUGCAAGUCAAAUCAUGAGGACCAAAAUAAACAAUGCUUGGAUUGUGAAACAUGAUGUACUUUCCUGCUUACUCUCCUACUCCUAGAUGGAAAUACUAAGAGGGAUGUAUAAUUAAUGCUACUGCUAGUAUUUGUUUUUUUAUUUUAAUUUCUUUCUUUCUUUUCUUUUUUUAUUCCAAACUAUUAUUUCUGAUCUAGCAUGUGUUUUUUUCCUGUGAAACGUGAUAUUUGACCCUAA